ACAUUUGACAAGAACGGAGACAAUACAAUUGAUUUUCUAGAGUAUGUUGCAGCCUUGAACCUGGUCUUGAGGAGCAAGUUGGAACAUAAACUGAAAUGGAAUUUCAAAAUGUACGACAAAGAUGGAAGUGGCUGCAUUGACAAGACAGAGCUGCGGGAGAUUGUAGAGUCCAUCUACAGACUGAAGAAAGCCUGCCAUGGAGAAUUGGAUGCAGAGUGUAACCUCCUGACCCCAGAUCAAGUGGUCAACAGAAUAUUUGAACUGGUUGAUGAAAACAGAGAUGGGGAGUUGUCUCUGGAUGAGUUCAUCGACGGGGCCAGGAAGGACAAGUGGGUGAUGAAGAUGCUGCAGAUGGACGUCAACCCUGGGGACUGGAUCAGUGUACGCAAGAGCUCUGGAGCGAGCUCUGAAGCUGAACCUCUGUAA